UCUCUUCAUUGUUGUUCUCUUUUUCAAUCGGAACGGUUCAAUUUGGAGCGGAGCGCGGUUCGCUUUUUUGUGUUUUUAGCGGAAAAUCGGAUGAAAAACUCCAAAUGUUUACCAAAUGAGCGGCGACAAUUACGCGACCAAUUGACGAGAUCGUGUGUGUUUUCCCCAAUUAAACGAGCGUCGUCCACAAUUAGCGCCAUCGGAGCCAAGGAGCCAAGCAACAACCAAUGGAACAUGUUGAUGCCGGUGCGGGAGUACAACAAGCACAUAGCCAAAAUACCAAAUUGCAAGAUGAGGCAACGUCCGACGCUUAGAGCCACCUUUGCAUCCUUGCUGCUGCUGCUCCUCCAUGUUGCCCAGGCGCUCGAUCCGGCGGCUGCCAUUGGUGCAGGCGCAGGAAGUGGUGCUGCAGCUGGUGGUGGUGGCCCAGGUCCUGCUUCCACCGGCGGUUCAUCUGGCGGAAGUCUGAGCAGUGGACCACCCACGCUCGUUGCCAAUCUCACGGAACAGGGCAGUCCCGGUGUGUAUAAUUCGACAAUGGGUUAAUGCUAAUUACCCUUGUGUAUAUACUAUAUAUAUAUAUGGCAUUUAUGUAGCUGUUUAGCUGACCUUUCUACCUUUUAGGGCCCAACAAAAACGACGCCGCCAUUUUGAUAUUUGUUAGGUCGUUUAUGCGUUCCAACGUUUUGAGAAAAAAAGUUUAAAAAUCAAUUUAAUAAUUAUCAAAAAUCAAUUAAUUGAUGUUUUCAAAAUUAAGGACGCGAAUAUCAUAAUAAGUGUGCCCCUAACAUUUUUUAUCUGUUAUCUGGCAACUCAUCUACAUAAUUUUGUAUACUUUGGCCACACUUUAAUUUAGUUAAAGUCAAAAGUUCAUGAAAUUCUUACCAUAAACUUAGUAUGUUCGUUGUGUGGCAAUGUUUGUGUGUAUUUCCUUGUGCGCAUUUCCGGUUUCCGCUUCCGCUUGCCAAGCGGCAUGGGGUGGCAAAAACUAUUAGCCACUUGACGCUAAAUAACACCACCCACACCCACUUCACCCUGCCGCUGAAGCAAAACACUAAGCAUCAAUUAACCCAAUUUUGAGAAUCCAUUUUCACCUGCAGUUACGGCUUCAGCUCACGGCUCACAGCUCCGGAGCUUUGGCUUUUUCUGAGUAUUUUUCUAGCUGCGUGUUUCACAGCUCCAAUGCUUACAUACAUAUAUAUGAAUGUUUGCCUUUUUUUAGAGAGGUUUGGUUUUGUUUCCUUUGCUAUUUCUUUUUGCCAGCAAAUACCCAAGUGGCGGUGUUGAAACCGACGUUCAAACUCCCAAUUCCCCAGUCCCACCUAAUCCUAUAGGUAUAAUGCCGGUUACUCUUGUCCAGACUUUUUCGUGUUCCGUGCUGUUCCAUCUUUUCUUUCGCAGGCGUUGGCGCUAUUGUUGUAGUUUGGUUUGGUUUGGUCACUGGAUCUGGAAAUGGAAUUGGAAAUGGAAAUGGAGUGGAAGCUGAAAUCAUAAUUAAUCCAUUGAUUUUCAAUUUUUUUUCAGCUUAAAUAAUUCACACAAAUCAUUUCAGCAAUAAAUAUGAAUUCUUUCGCAGCAUUUAACAAUGAAUAUUUCAGCAAACAAAAGUUUAUUUGCAGUCUAGGGUUUUUUUUUUCUGUGAAACAACAUGGGAUCCAAUUACAAAUUGAUGAGCAGGUAAUGAACGGUACGAAAAAAAUUGAAUAAUUUUAAUUUGGAACUGUUGCAAACCUUGAUUUGCAUGUAAUGUCAUAAAUAAUUCAUUUCAACACAUUCAACAUUUAUAAAUAAUUCCUUCUGCCUUUUUUUUUUGUUAUAGCUGUCGCUAUUAAUCAAAUUAUACGUUUACUACAUGCAUUUUUAAAUUGUUUCUUUAUGUCGUUACGUUUACGCAGCCGCCUGGAAAUUUGGUGUGACAAAGUGUCAUAAACUGCAGAAUGCGGGUGGCCAUCCUACCCGGCGCUUGAUUGAUACUCUGGGUCAAAAAACACCUGGAACGAUGCCAGAUGUCGAGGAUAAUAAAUUCAAGAUGAUGUGACAACACUUGGGAUACGUUUUAUAUUGCUGAACGUCUGUUGGAAAACGCCAAAGAAAUUCAAUAACCAUUUGAGAAAUUAAUUAUGUAUAAAGUCUAUUUACACAAUGAUAUUACAUGUAUUUGUUAAUGUAAACGUUUAUAUCCAACUUUAGCACUAAAGCAGUUUAGAAAAAAUGCCAAUACUUUGUAUUCCAUAAAUUUGCAAAUUGAUUUCUAGCCAUAACAAAUAUUAUAAUAAAAGUAAUUAAAAUUAAAACAAAUGCAGACUUUUUCUAAGUGCAUUAAGUGAUAUUAUCUUGUGUAUCUAAAAUUACAAAUCAAAUUUGUACUUCGUUUUAAUGUUCACAAAUUGUUCCUUAGGAUAGGUACCUGAAUGUAAUACUUAACAACUGCUUUAACUCCUUGAUAACUCUGUUAACUAACCUUAAGAUCUGGAAAUAAAAAGUAAUUUCUAUAAAAUA